GAGAGGCUCACCGGCAACGGCUCCGCCCCUUCACCCUCAGGGGCGGAUCUUCCGCCCCCGGCAUCGGUGCAAUGCGGAAGAGCUGGGCCUGCUGGAGCGGAAGUGACGCCACCGGCGGCUGUAGCGGCGGCGGCUGCGGGAGAAGGAGGAGGAGGAGCCGGAGGAAGAGGGCUCCCUCUGAAGAGAGGAGAAUGGCGUUCAGCAAAGGAUUUCGAAUCUACCACAAAUUGGAUCCCCCACCGUUCAGCCUCAUAGUGGAAACUCGGCAUAAGGAAGAAUGUCUCAUGUUCGAGUCUGGGGCUGUGGCUGUGCUCUCAUCUGCAGAAAAGGAGGCAAUUAAAAGUACAUAUACCAAAGUACUGGAUGCAUAUGGACUUUUGGGAGUUUUACGAUUAAACCUUGGUGAUACCAUGUUACAUUAUCUGGUCCUAGUCACUGGAUGCAUGUCUGUUGGGAAAAUCCAAGAAUCUGAAGUUUUUCGAGUAACUUCCACUGAGUUUAUAUCACUUCGAGUUGAUGCUUCAGAUGAGGAUCGCAUUUCAGAAGUCCGAAAAGUUUUGAACUCAGGAAACUUUUAUUUUGCGUGGUCUGCAUCUGGAGUCAGCUUAGAUCUGAGUCUGAAUGCACAUCGCAGCAUGCAGGAGCACACGACCGACAAUAGGUUUUUCUGGAAUCAGUCUUUGCAUUUGCAUCUCAAGCACUAUGGUGUGAAUUGUGAUGACUGGUUAUUGCGCCUCAUGUGUGGAGGGGUAGAAAUCAGAACAAUUUAUGCUGCCCACAAACAAGCAAAGGCUUGCCUCAUUUCAAGGCUAAGCUGUGAACGAGCUGGGACAAGGUUUAAUGUCCGGGGAACGAAUGAUGAUGGUCACGUUGCCAAUUUUGUAGAAACAGAGCAGGUUAUAUACCUAGACGACUGUGUUUCUUCCUUCAUACAAAUCCGAGGAUCUGUUCCAUUGUUUUGGGAACAACCAGGGUUGCAAGUGGGAUCCCAUCGUGUCCGAAUGUCGAGGGGAUUUGAAGCCAAUGCACCUGCUUUUGACAGGCAUUUUCGAACACUUAAGGAUUUAUAUGGUAAACAAAUAGUAGUAAAUUUGCUUGGAUCCAAGGAAGGUGAACAUAUGCUAAGUAAGGCUUUCCAGAGCCAUCUGAAAGCUUCUGAGCAUGCUUCUGACAUCCACAUGGUGUCUUUUGACUACCAUCAGAUGGUUAAAGGAGGGAAGGCAGAGAAACUGCACAGUGUUUUCAAACCUCAAGUCCAGAAGUUUCUAGAUUAUGGAUUUUUUUAUUUCGAUGGCAGUGAAGUUCAAAGGUGCCAGAGUGGUACAGUUCGAACAAACUGCUUGGAUUGUCUUGAUAGAACAAACAGUGUGCAGGCAUUUCUUGGCUUAGAGAUGCUAACUAAACAGCUGGAUGCUCUGGGCUUGGCUGAAAAGCCUCAGCUGGUCACUCGCUUCCAAGAGGUUUUCCGGUCCAUGUGGUCUGUGAAUGGUGAUUCCAUCAGUAAGAUCUAUGCAGGCACCGGAGCCCUUGAAGGGAAGGCCAAGUUAAAAGAUGGUGCGCGCUCUGUCACCAGAACCAUUCAGAAUAACUUCUUCGACAGCUCCAAGCAAGAAGCUAUUGAUGUCUUGCUGCUCGGAAAUACUCUGAACAGUGACUUAGCUGACAAAGCCCGAGCCCUUCUAACCACUGGAAGUUUGCGUGUUUCUGAACAGACAUUACAGUCAGCAUCUUCCAAAGUCUUAAAGAACAUGUGUGAGAACUUCUACAAAUACUCAAAACCCAAGAAGAUUCGAGUGUGUGUUGGAACCUGGAACGUGAAUGGUGGGAAGCAAUUCCGCAGCAUAGCAUUUAAGAACCAGACGCUCACGGACUGGCUUCUUGAUGCUCCCAAGUUAGCUGGCAUCCAGGAGUUUCAAGAUAAAAGAAGUAAACCAACUGAUAUAUUUGCAAUUGGCUUUGAAGAAAUGGUGGAGUUGAAUGCUGGGAACAUUGUGAAUGCAAGCACAACAAACCAGAAGCUAUGGGCAGUGGAGCUGCAGAAGACCAUCUCCAGAGACAACAAGUACGUCCUGCUGGCUUCGGAGCAGCUGGUGGGUGUCUGCCUGUUUGUUUUUAUCAGACCACAGCAUGCUCCUUUUAUCAGGGACGUUGCGGUGGAUACAGUGAAGACGGGAAUGGGAGGCGCAACUGGAAAUAAGGGAGCAGUUGCGAUCCGCAUGCUCUUCCACACCACCAGCCUGUGCUUCGUCUGCAGCCACUUUGCUGCAGGGCAGUCUCAAGUCAAAGAGAGAAAUGAAGAUUUUGUAGAAAUAGCACGGAAAUUGAGUUUUCCCAUGGGAAGGAUGCUGUUUUCCCAUGACUAUGUAUUUUGGUGUGGUGAUUUCAACUAUCGAAUUGAUCUUCCUAAUGAAGAAGUUAAAGAGCUCAUAAGACAGCAAAAUUGGGAUUCUCUUAUAGCUGGGGAUCAACUCAUCAAUCAGAAAAAUGCGGGGCAGAUUUUCAGAGGAUUUUUAGAGGGAAAGGUGACAUUUGCUCCAACCUAUAAAUAUGACUUGUUUUCUGAAGACUAUGACACCAGCGAGAAGUGCCGCACGCCUGCGUGGACAGACCGAGUCCUCUGGAGGAGGAGAAAGUGGCCUUUUGACAGAUCAGCUGAAGACUUGGAUCUUCUGAAUGCUAGUUUCCAAGAUGAAAGCAAAAUCCUUUACACAUGGACCCCUGGUACUUUGCUGCACUACGGGAGAGCCGAGCUGAAGACUUCUGACCAUAGGCCUGUCGUCGCCCUGAUUGAUAUAGAUAUAUUUGAAGUUGAAGCUGAAGAGAGACAAAAAAUUUAUAAAGAAGUCAUUGCUGUCCAGGGGCCACCAGAUGGCACAGUGCUGGUCUCAAUCAAAAGUUCUGCACAAGAAAACACUUUUUUUGAUGAUGCUUUGAUUGACGAGCUUCUGCAGCAGUUUGCACAUUUUGGUGAAGUCAUACUCAUUAGAUUCGUAGAAGAUAAAAUGUGGGUAACAUUUUUGGAGGGAAGCUCUGCCUUGAAUGUUCUGAGCCUGAAUGGUAAAGAGUUAUUAAAUCGGACUAUAACAAUUACCUUAAAAAGUCCAGACUGGAUCAAGAAUUUGGAAGAAGAGAUGAGUUUGGAGAAAAUCAGUGUCACAUUGCCCUCAUCAACGAGCUCCACCCUGCUCGGUGAGGACGCAGAGCUCACAGCCGAUUUCGACAUGGAAGGUGAUGUCGAUGACUAUAGUGCUGAAGUAGAGGAGCUUCUCCCUCAGCAUCUACAGCCGUCCUCAAGUUCUGGCCUUGGCACUUCUCCAAGCUCUUCACCCCGGACCAGUCCCUGCCAAUCACCUACAAUGCCAGAGUACUCCGCACCGUCUCUUCCCGUCAGACCCAGCCGAGCACCCUCAAGAACUUCAGGGCCCCUGAGUUCCCAGAGUUCUCCAGUUGACAGCCAGCCAGCAGCCCAGAAAGAUUCUUCCCAGACCUUAGAGCCCAAGAGGCCACCCCCUCCCCGCCCAGUUGCUCCUCCAGCACGCCCUGCCCCACCACAGAGACCACCUCCACCUUCAGGGGCUAGGAGUCCUGCACCUGCUAGGAAAGAAUUUGGAGGUGUUGGAGCCCCUCCCAGUCCUGGGGUAGCUAGGAGAGAGAUGGAAGCACCCAAAAGCCCGGGAACAACACGGAAAGAUAAUAUAGGACGUAAUCAGCCUUCACCUCAAGCAGGACUUGCAGGCCCAGGACCUGCUGGAUAUGCUGCAGCCAGACCGGCAAUUCCAGCACGUGCUGGAGUGAUCAGCGCCCCUCAGAGCCAGGCACGAGCAUCUGCCGGAAGGCUGACUCCUGAAAGCCAGAGCAAGCCCCCAGAGACAUCGAAAGGUCCAGCUGUCCUUCCAGAACCACUGAAGCCUCAGGCUGCUUUUCCUCCGCAGCCUUCUCUGCCCCCACCUGCUCAAAAGUUGCAGGAGCCUCUUGUCCCCGUGGCAGCACCUAUGCCUCCCUCUGGCCCCCAACCGAAUUUGGAAACCCCACCACAGCCCCCGCCUCGGAGCAGAUCAUCUCAUAGCUUGCCUGCAGACUCCUCACCACAGCUGCAAGUAAAAACAAAUGGAAUUUCUGGUGUCAAACAAGAGCCAGCAUUGAAGAGUGACCCAUUUGAAGCUCUCUCACUUAGUCUGCUUGCUGUAUCAAAGGCUCAGCUGUCUGCUCAGAUGUCACCUGUUCUAACCCCAGACCCAAAGAUGUUGAUUCAGUUGCCUUCUGCAUCGCAAAGUAGUGUUAACUCUUUGAGUUCUGUGAGUUGCAUGCCAGCCAUGCCCCCAGUUCCAGCUCGGAGUAAGUCGCAGGGAAGUAUGGGAACCUCAGCAAAUCCGUUUUCCAGCCUGCCCAGCAGGAAUCCUUUUACAGACAGGACUGCUGCCCCUGGAAACCCAUUUCGAGCUCAGUCACAAGAGUCAGAGGCAACUUCUUGGCUGUUCAAAGAAGAGCCUGUUCCUAGCAGUCCUUUCCCUCCUCUCCUGCCUCUCACUCAUGACACGAGCAAGCCAUCCAGUUCACUUGAUGGUUUCGAGGACAACUUUGAUCUGCAGAGCCAUUCUACAGUAAAAACAAGCAACCCCAAAGGAUGGGUAACCUUUGAGGAAGACGACAACUUUCCCACAGUGGGAACGUCCAAGUCAGUUUGUCCAGCGCUGCUGGGUACCACGCCAACUUCAUCUGAUGACUGGAGUAAAGGUGCAGGUGUUGCUUUCUGUGUGCUGCCAGCCAGAAGGCCACCGCCUCCUCCGGCCCCUCUGCUCCCACCCAGCACGAGCUUGUCUGCAGGACCUUGCACAACGCUAGCAUCUAAGGCCUCUCCCACACUGGACUUCACAGAAAGAUAGUUAGUUAUAUGAUGGGAAGGGAGUUCCUGCUGGUUUGCUCUGGCUAUUUGUUUCUGUUUUGUCGGGCUAGACUCUGGAGAAUGGGGCAUUAGUUAUUCAUUAUGUGCAAUAAGUAAUCGUUGCGCGCACUGAUAUCUAUAUAAAGACCACCAGAGGUGUGGUCAACGCUGGAAUUUGUGUAUAUUGGAAAUAACCAAGACAUCCUCUUACUAACUGGAGUUCUGGUCUUUCUCUUCAGAUGAAUAAGGAAGAGCAGGAACCAUUUUAAGAAGUGCUCAAAACUACUUUAAAAACUAGUCCUUACUCAGAAAUUCACAUAAACACCACACAAAGCCAACACAGCUGUAGCUGACACUCUGCCAGCCUACUGCUGUUUGACAAUUGGUACUCACGGAUAUCUACCAAAGAGCUUCCAGAGUUACAGUUAAACCGUUCUGAGGGCAUUGCUUUAGCAAGAGGUCUAUAUGCAUGUGUUUAUAUACACACAGACAUACAUAUUUAUAAAACUUAAGUCUUGAGAUACAAUUCAGAUACAGUUUUACCCAGAAGUUCUGACAAUGUCCUUUUUUCGGGAUCUCAUCAUUAAGAAGAUGGCUACCGCCCAGGUGUGCUUUAGAUGCUUUCGCUAGUUUUAAAGCCCAGAGUAGGAUGACUGCUUUACAGAACUGCCAUCUCCUACUAUACACCAGCCCUUCAAACUCACCCUCAUUACCUCCCUCCCCGUACCUCUAGUAUGCCUUUCUCUGGGGUUACAGUUGGCAGUCCAGGCCUUGUGGUCAGUCACGUGACAGACACUCAGACCGGCAGGGACAGAAUAGCAGAGCUAGCAUGCUCUCUUCUGUGCGACCCUGUCCCUCUCCACCCCUGUUCACCGCUUUGCUCUGAGUGCUCUGAACUGGGAACAUAUCCCAGGCGUGUGCCCUCCUGUGUGAGGCCGUAACCCAUCUGUGAUGCUGCUUUAAGGUUUUAGAGGCUAUACCUCAAAUUUGCUGUGGAUUCUGUCUCCUGCACUGCCAGUAUGCGACCCAUUUUGCUCUUAUUAAUUUUGUGAAGAAGUACAUGGAAUUUUUUUAAAAAAAAAAAAACAUUGUAUUUUGAUAUCGUUAAGUAAGCCAGUUGGGAAAACUCCCUAAGGUGUUGUUUGGUUGGUUGUCAGUUGAAGUUAAAAUUAUCCUUACACAUUAAGACUUUAAUGUUCUUUUUAUAUAAAAAUUACAUAUAUACACCUAAGUUCCAGUGUCCACAUGAACCUUUAAAGAUGUGUAUUGUGAGACUAGAAAUAUGUAUAGCUGCUGUCACACCCUUGUAAAAGCACAGCAAACUGUGUUGCACUUGUAAUGUAGAGCCAUCUGUUAGGACAGAGCACUUUGCAAAUGCUCAGUGUUAUCAAAUACUGUAUCUAUAGUGUCCUCGGCUACAGCCAGAAGGGGCUGGAGCAAUAACUCUGUGAGGUUUCCAUUGUGCUUGUGGGUUCUAAUCAUUUCAACAGUAGUAGCUCUUAAACCGCAGUAUUAUGAUAGCAGUGUGCUUCAAAAUGUGAAUUAGCUUGUUCCAUCUGUGUGACUAGUGUGUGUGGUAUCCGCUCCCCAUUAGCAAGCUAACCCAUCGUUAGGAAGCUGAUGCAGUGCGACCGCAGCCCUAAGCAGUGUGUCUCGGGUAAACACUGUCAAGUCUGUAGAGCAGCCGCUCAGCCUUGUCUGGCCUGGCACUCUGCGGAAACGCACAAAGGAAGUGAAAGUUUGCUACGAAAAACUAGAUAUUGUGUAUGAAUAUUUACCAGCUCUGGUUAAAGCAGAGCAGAAAAUAGACACUAAGAAUCUGUGAAUGUCUGUUCUCUAUAGUAGACUGAUGUUUAUAUGUAUGUAAGAGUUUUAUUGCUUAUGUGGCAUACAAUAUUUAUAACUAUACUUUAUAGAAGUACAGUAUUAAAGUCCGUGGUAUACAUUCUGUACAUAUCCUGUGAAACGUGCUGUCAUAUGAAAUAAAUAUGUCUUUACCGCUAGAUGGCUUCUUUACUCAAAAGGGAAGAUUUUCUCAGCUAUUUUUCAUAUUUUACAUAAACAAAUUUUAUGACAUUUGAA